UCCAGGACGGGAAAAUCGUGAGUGUUGUACGCGUCUCGAGAGUGAUUAUGCCCUCUCCUUCCAAUGUCCAAAGUUAAAUUUUAUUCCACUAAAAAAUCAUUUUCCUUCGUAUCAAUUCCCUGUACUUCCGGUGAUGAUUGACUUCAAGUUCAGUCGAUUAACUUGAAAACAGUUUUGCGGAAAGUUCUAGACGAUUGCGAGUGAAAUCGUGAGAGUUACGAAAUAGAUGAAAUUGAAUUCCUUCCGGGGAAGUCAAUAGUUCAAUUUCGAAAUUUGUGAAAAUUUAGGUGUUCGAUAUGUCUAGUGUAUCCUCAGCACAUAUUCCCACUGAGAUUUACCACGGAUUUGUUCAUUCUCAGUUGGUAUGCAGUAAGACAUCGUCCCUGACUUCUCCUAGAAGACAUCAAUAAACAAGAAACAUAUACCACCAAUUCCUCAGCAUCUUUAAUCUUCAAGUCCACUUGGGGUACCGUAAUGUCUAGGUAUGUGUUGAACGGCAUUGAGAGGUGUGUCGAGGUCGAGUGCUGUAAUUUCAAGAAUUGGCCUUCCCGGAUUUAGUUGACGAUUCCGACUAACUAAUCGUACCAGAUUUAUCGGAACCGUUCACACAAUUUUCUGACUUCAAUACAAUAGCUUUUCCCUGGAUUUUCUUUUAUUUAAUGCAUCCAAGCGGGUCGGCUUAUGGUGCUGAAAAAAUACAGAAAUUAUACAAAAAAAGUCAGUACUCAAGUGUUCAACGCAGACGAAGUCAAGAGGGAAUCAAAAAACACGAGAAUUAUUUUAAUUAUUUGAAGAUAAACUUGGGUGGUACAUUGAGGAAUAAAUACAUUUUUGCUAGAGGCUGGGGAGGAUGUGAAACAAAGAACAAACUUUUGUAAUAUCAGACCUUUCAGGAUCUGGAAGCAGAGAAAGCUAUAAUGGGAUCGAUCGUAUACUGCAUACAUCAUAAAGACGGCUGCAAGUGGUCGGAUGAAUUGAGGAAAUUGAAGGCACAUCUGAAUACAUGUAAACACGAUGCUAUCCCCUGCAGCAAUAAAUGCGGUGCGAUGAUUCCUCGAGUCCUCAUGGAAGAUCAUCUAAAAUACACAUGUGCUCAACGUCGUGCACGUUGUGAUUUCUGUGCCAAAGAGUUUACCGGACAAACAUUAGAGAAACACACGGGUACGUGCGGCUACGAGCCCCUCUACUGUGAGAAUAAAUGUGGAAUGAAGAUUCAAAGGCGGUAUCUAGGCCAACACAAACUAGGCGAGUGCGCAAAGAGACUGGUGGCUUGUAGAUACUGCAACAAGGAAUUUGUAUUCGACACAUUGGGCACUCAUCACACCAAGUGCGGACGAUUCCCGGUUGCCUGCCCUCAUCGUUGUGAAACAGCUGUGCUACCCAGGGAGGAUCUCGAAAUUCAUCUCAAAGAUCACUGCACCACGCAUCUUCUGUCUUGUAGUUUCAAAGAUGCUGGGUGUCGAUUUAAGGGAAAUCGUUUUUCACUGGACAAACAUAUGGAGGAAUCCGCUAAAAUGCAUCUGAGCUUGAUGUGUAGCGUAGUAACAAAACAGCAGCACCAAAUAACGAGUCUAAAAUCGGCGAUGGGAAAACUGUCGCUGAACUAUACUGGGACCUUAAUAUGGAAAAUAAGUGAUUACACAGCCAAAAUGGCUGAGGCUAAGACCAAAGAGGGAAUGGAACUCGUCAGCCCACCCUUCUACACUAGUCAGUACGGUUACAAACUCCAGGCAUCGAUUUUCCUAAAUGGAAAUGGCACAGGCGAAGGCAGUCACAUGUCGAUUUACAUAAAAAUUUUGCCAGGGGAAUACGACGCCCUUCUCCGCUGGCCUUUCUCUCAUUCAGUAUCCUUCACUAUGUUCGAUCAAACUGUCCAAGCCGACAAGGCCUGCAACAUCGUCGAGAGCUUCAUCCCCGAUCCCACGUGGAAGAACUUCCAGAGGCCGAGUCGAGAGCCCGAUUCCUUGGGCUUUGGCUUUCCUCGGUUCAUCUCCCACGAAAUGGUGAAGAAACGCCACUUUGUCAAGGAUGACACCAUGUUCAUCAGAGUGAAAGUAGACCCCAGUAAAAUUGUCGCAGUUUGAUUCGACGCAGAAUAUAUUUUGUAUGAAUUUUUCCGAGUUCCAAAUUUGAGAUUCUGUUUAAAAUUAGUUUUUCAGCACCAAAUCAGGGAAAUUUCGUUGCGUGUUUUUUAUUACUAUGAAAAAUAAGGGUUUUCGUAGGUGAAAAUAUGAACAGAGUGAAAAGAUCUAUUGUUGAAUGUUCUGCUUGAAUCGUGGAAAGUUUAGCAGAUUUUGAUAUUUCUAUUGGAAAUUAGAAAUUUUGAAAGCAAAAAUAUAAAAAGAAUUGCACGGUUAGGACUUUUUUUUUCUAUCAAGUAUUUUUCAUUAAAUAUUUCUAUAGAAGCAUAAAUCCCACGAAAAACUAUUUUUUGGAUAAUCGAGAGAAAAACUAUGAGGAUUUUCUAAGAAAACUGUAAUGAAAUUUUUCAUUGCAGAUUCUCCGUUGGUGAUUCGGUAAAAAAUUUAAUUAAUUCAAAAAUUGUAGUUAAUAACGAUGUUUAGAAAAAUGAGAAUCAUUAUUGAAGAAUUUUUUUUUUCGAGACGAACUGAUGAACAAUCAAACAAAUGUUAAUAUUCUACUUCAUUUUCUAUUUAUUUUUCAUUUUCAACAGAGGAAAUAUGCAUUAGAUUUUUUUUGUUAAAAAAUUUAGUAUAUCAGCAAUUUCUUUGAACGAUGAACAAAACAGAAAAAUCAAAACUUUCUUCUUUUUUUCUAUCAAAUAUUUUUUUUCAGAAUUAAAAUCACCAAACACUACUAAAAACUAAUAGAAACUUUCCUCAAAAAUUUCGAUAGAAUUUUCUUCCUCAAUUUUUCAUACGUAAUCACAAUAAGAAUUCAUGAAUUGAGAGUGGAUAGUUAAUCCUAAUAAUUACGGAAACGGGAGUAAUUAUUUAAAAAAUUGUCUGUCGCAGACAUUUUCUGAUAAAUCGACCAAAUGUAAAUAUAUUUCAAUACCUGUACAGUUUUCAUUUUUAUCCAAACGAAAAUAUAAAAGAUGAUCGAAUAGAUAUGUGAUUGAGUGAUGCUAGUGACUGUAUGUAAAGCAAAAUGUAAGAUAGAAACGUAAGUUUAUAUGAAUAAAUUUGACAUUUUUAAUAAAAGAA